AUGGGUUCUGCAUUCAGCUGUUGUGAUUCAGAAAAGGUUGAUCAAGGAGUUCCGACGGGCAAUGGUGAUUCUCCGUGGCGAAUCUUUACUUUCAAGGAGUUGCAUUCAGCAACUAAUGGUUUUAGUGAAGAUAACAAGCUUGGAGAGGGAGGCUUUGGAAGCGUUUAUUGGGGGAAAACGUCAGAUGGUCUUCAGAUAGCAGUGAAGCAAUUGAAAUCGAUGAAUUCAAAAGCAGAGAUGGAAUUCGCAGUUGAAGUAGAAGUUCUUGGAAGGGUGCGACACAAGAAUUUGUUGGGAUUAAGAGGUUAUUGUGCUUCAGCUGAACAACGACUUAUAGUCUAUGAUUACAUGCCCAAUCUUAGCUUAUUGUCUCACCUUCAUGGCCAAUUUGCUGCUGAAGUCCAACUUGAUUGGAAAAAGAGAAUGAAAGUUGCCAUCGGUUCCGCUGAAGGACUACUGUACUUGCACCAUGAAGUUACUCCUCACAUAAUCCAUAGAGACAUAAAGGCAAGUAACGUCCUCCUUGAUUCAAACUUCGAACCACUAGUCGCGGAUUUUGGGUUUGCAAAGUUAAUCCCAGAUGGUGUUAGCCACAUGACCACCAGGGUCAAGGGUACCCUGGGUUACCUUGCCCCCGAAUACGCCAUGUGGGGCAAGGUUUCAGAAAGCUGCGAUGUCUACAGCUUUGGAAUUCUUCUACUCGAACUAGUAACCGGAAGAAAACCAAUUGAGAAACUCCCUGGAGGUGUUAAACGUACGAUAACCGAAUGGGCUGAACCAUACAUUGAAAAAGGCAGGUUUCGGGAUCUAGCUGACCCAAAAUUAAGAGGCAAUUUUGAUGAAGAUCAGCUAAAACAGUUUAUAAAUGCGGCUGCACUUUGUGUGCAAAGUGAGCCCGAAAGGAGGCCCAAUAUGAAGGAAGUUGUUGGGCUGCUUAAAGGGUAUGAGCCUAAAAGUAAAGUGAUGCAAUUAAGGUUAAAAAGUGUCAAAUAUGGGGAUGAUCUUGUGGCUAUGGAUCAAGCUAGUGAUGAUGAGGAAGAAGAAGAUGACGACGACAACGAUUACGAUGAUGACGAAAAGGGUGGAGGGUAUGAUGAGAGUUAUGGAGUAUUUGGUGCUAUGAGUAAUGUCCAAAAGAUGCAUGAUCCAUAUAAGAGGUAUGCAGACAGAAUGGGGAAGAAAGGGUGA